CAUUCAGUGGAAGGUGAAAGAGCAGCAGUUUAGGUGGAGUGAAUUAAUAUUACCCUUUUAAAAGUCCCAAUGUCGUAUCCCCUGCAUUUCGCUGCCAAUCUCUCCUGGCUUUUCCUGGAGUUGGAUAACUUGUCCGAACGGGUGGAAGCAGCUGCCCGGGCAGGAUUCAAAGCAGUGGAGGUGGCAUGGCCGUAUGAUACUGAAGCAACAGAGCUAAAGAAAGUUUUGGAGAGGAAUGGAAUGGAGAUUGUACUGAUUAAUACCCCACCUGGAAACAAAGCAAAAGGAGAACUGGGGCUUGGAGCACUUCCUAUGCAGCAAGUGGAAUUCCGAACAGGACUGGAAUUGGCAAUGAAGUAUGCUAAAACUGUAGGGUGCAAACAGAUCCAUUUGAUGGCAGGACGUGUUCCAGUGGACCUAGACAGAACAUCUGUUGCCAAGGCAAUGGAGACCACAUUUAUAGAAAAUCUGAAGUAUGCUGCAGACAUCCUUUCAAAGGAAGAGAUGCAAGGUUUGAUUGAACCUAUUAACUCUCGAAUCACAGAUCCCCGUUACUUCCUGAAUACUCCGCAUCAAGCUGAGAAGAUUCUGCAGCAAGUGGAUAGGCCGAACCUGAAACUCCAGCUGGAUUUGUUUCACUGCCAGAUAAUGGAUGGGAAUCUCACUCAGAAUGUAUCCAACUACUUCUCCCGAAUAGGUCAUGUCCAAAUUGCCCAAGCUCCUAACCGGAAUGAACCAGACAGUCCAGGAGAGAUCAACUACAGCUACAUAUUCAGCUUACUGAAGAAGUUGGGGUAUCAAGGUUAUGUAGGCUGUGAAUAUUCUCCAAAAGGCAGCACAUUCGAUGGUCUUGGAUGGUUGAAGAGCUAUUGGACCAGCCAAGACACCAACAAGCUGCCUCUUCCAACUGAAUGUUAACACUGGAGAGGAAGUGUAUUCUGCCAAAUCUUCCCCUUGAGUAACAACAGUUUAAUUUCUAUGAAAUCAGAUUGUAAUUCACACCAAGUGGAUGACUGGUAACAGGAUGAUCCUUUGAGUAACUAUUCAUGAAGUAAUUUUCAGAGCUUGGAAGUGUGGAACUAAACAUGUCAAACUCAGAUCAUGUACAAUCCAGCUCAGUCACUCAGCCUCCUCAGCAAGGUUUCCUCAGAAAGACUGCUCGAUCGCGAAAGAAAAUAAAACCAAAGUCUGAACUAGUCAGUUGGCCUCCUCAUCUCAUAGAAUCAAGCAGCACAGAAAAGAUACUUCUGUCCAACUCAUCCAUGCUGACCAAGUUUCCCAAACAAAACUAAUCUCACUUGUCUGCAUUUGGCCAAUAUCCCUCUAAAUCUUCCCUAUUCAUGUACCUGUCCAAAUGUCUUAAAUAUUAUAACUGUAUCUGUAUUUACCACACCCUCUGGCAGUCCAUUCCACAUAUACAACUACCCUGCGUGAACAGGUUGCCCCUCAGGUCCCUUUUAAAUCUUUCUCCUCUCGCCCUAAAAUUCUGCCUUCUAGUUUUGAACCCCCCUACCCUAGAGAAGAGACCUAUACUACUCACAUUAUCUAUGCUCCUCAUGGUUUUAUAAAUCUCCAUAAAGGUCACAGUCAACUUAGUUUCGCUCCAGUCAAAAAAAUCCCAGCCUCUUCAUAUAAUUCAAACCCUCCAGUCCUGAGUUAAA